CCCGCCUCAGCCGCGGCGGCGGGGGAGGAGGAGGAGGAGCGGCGGCGGAGCGCGCCCGGCGCGAUGUGGCAGCGGUCGGUGUGCGUGGGCCUGCUGGCCCUGGCGCUGGGCUACCUGUGCGUGCUGGGCCCCGAGCUGCCCCCCGCGGCCCUGCGGCAGCUCUCGGCCUCGCUGCUGGGGACGCUGCGCCGCGCCCGCUCGCUGGAGGCGCGCACGGUGGCGGCCUGGCAGGCGGCCAUUGUCCGCCCCGCGCGCGGCUGGGCGCGCGUCGCCGUCGGCGUCAACGCCUGCGUGGACGUGGUUCUGUCUGGGGUGAAGCUGCUGGAGGCGCUGGGCCUGGAGCCCAGCGAUGGGAAGAACCACGCAGUCCUGAGCUCCGGGCAGGACCUCAAGGAGGCUUUUGCUCACUUCAUGGAGAGAGGGGCGGCUGCCGAGCGCUUCUUCAGCGAUGCCGACGCGUUCCAGGACAUUGCCCGCGCAGCCUCGGAGCACCCCGCAGCACAGCUUUACGUGGGAGGAAAUGCUGCUCUCAUCGGGCAGAAGCUUGCAACAAAUCCAGACCUGAAGAUCCUUCUUUGCGGCCCAGUUGGUCCCAAACUCCAUGAACUGCUGGAUGACAAUGUGGUUGUGCCACCUGAAUCCAUGCAGGAAAGAGAUGAAUUCCAUCUUAUCUUGGAAUAUCAAGCAGGUGAGCAGUGGGGCCGAGUGAGGGCUCCUGCUGCCAACCGCUUCAUCUUCUCCCACGACCUGUCCAACGGCGCCCUGAACAUGCUGGAAGUGUUUGUGUCCAGCCUGGAUGAAUUCCAGCCAGACCUGGUGGUGCUUUCAGGACUACACAUGAUGGAAGGGCAGAGCAAGGAGAUGAGACAGAGGCGACUCAUGGAGGCUGUGGCCUCCAUCUCUGAUAUCCCAACUGACAUUCCCAUACACCUGGAGCUGGCCAGUAUGACUGAUCAGGAUUUUAUGAGCAACAUUAUGCAUCAGCAGGUCUUUCCCCUGGUGAACUCCAUCGGGCUGAACGAGCAGGAGCUGCUGUUCCUCACCCAGUCUGCUUCUGGUCCCCACGCCUCCCUGGCCUCCUGGAGCGGCAUUCCCGACGUGGGGGUGGUGAGCGACAUCCUCUUCUGGAUCCUGAAGGAGCACGGCAAGACGGCGGAGCGGGCCUCGGACCUCACGCGGAUCCACUUCCACACGCUGGCCUACCACAUCCUGGUCACCGUGGACGGCCACUGGGGCAACCAGGCGGCGGCGGUGGCGGCUGGGGCCAGGGCUGCCGGCACCCAGGCCUGUGCCACCGACACCAUCGACACCAGCAAGUUCUUCCUCAAAGCUCCUCUGGAGUUCGUCACCUCCCACACGGAGGCACCGUCAAAAAUUUCCCUCAAUCCGGACGAGCCCGUGGUGCACUGGCACAGGGAAGGCAUCUCCUUCCACUUCACCCCUGUGCUGGUGUGCAAGGAUCCCGUGCGGACCGUGGGACUCGGGGAUGCCAUUUCAGCCGAGGGACUGCUCUACUCCGAGGUGUAUCCUCAGUAGAAAACCAGGACUCUCCUUCCUCUUCAGCACUGCACGGUGUCCGAGACCCGUGGAUUGGGACUUGAAGCAGUGGUGGUAUAGGAACAGAACCAGGGUGUGGUGUGUUUUCUGGGUAUAACUGAAAAAGAGCCAAAGAAUAAUUCCAGGUAUAAACUGUCAGCUACAUUCCAGUCACUCAGCAGUGACUCGAGCGCUUCACGUGCAGGUCAGGUGCAAAUGUUUUAAUAUUUAAUGUGAAAACUGGCUUUGUCUUAAGGGGGAAGGACACAAAGGCCAAAUCCCUGGCGGGCAAAGUUUGCUGUUAGUAGCUCAGAAUGGAUCUUUUCUGGUAGUGCUGCAGAGUGCAGCAGCAGGAGAAUUUCCUGCCCCUGGAUCCCAGGGAGAGCACAGCAGUGCCCGGCCCUGCCUUGCCUCUGGUAAAUUCAAAAUAAAAGGCUUGUGGGUUAUCUCCUCCCAGCACUUUGCAAACCUUCCUUGGGGUGAGGAUGGAAUUAUUGCCUGGUCCAAUCACCUCUCUGUGUGCCCAGCCCCAGAGGGAGCCACAGUGACACAGACAUCCCAAAAUGUGACACAGACUGAACCUACUCCAGGCUGCACAGGUGCUUCUGGAUAUCUGUGACUAAGGGUGUUCAACUGAGCCCCAGCAGUCUGUGCUUAGUUUUUAGGAAACAAGGAGUGAAGAUAAUCAGGGUUUCAGUUUGGGGGACAGCUGUGUUUCCCUGCCAGGGAACCCCCAAACCAUUCCCUGUGUUUGCUGUACACUAAAUACUCUGCUAAUGGUGUGUUAAAGAAAAGCUCUUGAAUGCUGGAGACUCAUUUUUGGUUGGUUGAGAAUGGUUGUGCCAAAUUUUUCUGUCUCUCUGCCCUCUAUUAGGAAAGGUUAAUAAAUCCAGAGGGAGGGUCCCUCUGGAAGCUCAAAAGCUGCAAUAGUGUUUUCCAGGUAAGACUGAAGUGAGAUGCCCUUUUUAGGGUUUGAUGUUGGGUUUUUUUGUCUAGGUCACCAGUAGUUUCUUUGCUCUGGCCUUUGAAAUUAAAAAAGCAGAAUCUUGUGUCCUUGUUAAAUAUUUUGCUUCUAUUUUUUAACCUUUUCACAGUCACACACUAAGAAUUGUAGAGCACCAGCAUGGUUUUCUCUCUUCCCAGCAUGGUUUUGUCUCUGGCCACUUCAGGAACCUGGAGUGUAUUUGCACAGCUCUCAAGCCAGUUUUCAGUAGAACUGGGUUAAGUGCAAUCAGCAUGUCUGGGCAAGCCUGUGCCUUAGCAGAGCUUGGCAGAGGUUGUUCCAGGUCAGUCUUUGCACCUGAAUGGAGGGAGGGGAGUCUGUGUCACUCAGGGUGGAGUGAUCUGUUGCAGUAACACUGUCAGGCUGCUGUCAGUGGUGUUCUCUGUUGGGAAAAGCCGUCCUGGCUGCUCUGCAAGGAUGAAAAUUGGCAGCUGUUGUGCUUGCACUGACUCAGCACACAAUGCUGUCUGUCAUGUGCAUUCAGCUUUCCCCCUGAGCAAAGUGUUCUGUGUUGUACAGAGCAGAAGUACAGUCAGUGCUGUGUUUUCCUGCAGCUCAGCCCACCUCGAGCUUCCCUUGAGUGUCAGCAUUUUAUCCAGCUGCAGGAUCUUAAGACUGGAGGCCUUUCUACCCAGAUUAUUUUUUUAUUAUAAUGACUAUUACUGCUGUUAUUAUUAUAAUUGAUAAACUGUAGCACAGGAGUUGGGAGUUCUGGUUUAGUCUUCCUAAUCUGAAAAUAAAUGAAAAGAACCUCUCUUUUUGGCUCACUGAGAGGUCCAAGGCCAUUAGCAAGGCUGUUUUGCAGCCUGGGAUGGUGGCCUUUUGGCACUCCACUCCUAGGGCCACCAAAGGCCAUGGAUCUGCCAGCUGGAAACUGAUCCUUGGCUUAUACUGUAGAUUCUGGACCUGGAAACAAAAAAAAAACUAAAUACACACAAGCUGUCACCAGCAAUGGCCCUGCUGCUGUAUUUCACUUCUUGCUAAAACACUUCCAGGGAUGUGAGACUGCUGGGACUGACAUUCCUUAGGGCCACCUAAAAACACAUGACUGCACAUACCUUGUCCCAGGGUCAGCUGUGCUUGCAUUGAACAGGAACAUGACAGGCUAAAAUUAGCUUUUUUAAUCUGAGCCAGUAACUGCUGUAAAGAAUCAUUAAAAAGGAGCUUACUCCUUAGGAAUCAUGUGUGCCAAAAGCUAAACUGAUAGAAUUAUUCCUGCUGCUCCUCACAGGUAAACAUUUCUGCUGUAGCCCCUUCUGGGUGUGCUGGGAACACCUGGCAUGGUGAGCCCCAGCUCCAAUCCCAGCAGCUGGGGAUGGCCAGGCUGCUGCUCUACCCAAAUCUGCUUUGUCAGGCACAUAGAGCUCAUGUGCACCCAAAGUCACUUCCCAAGGAGAAUCCUUAACCACCAUGACCUGUUCAUCAGCUGUGCCAGUGGGAUCCCUGAUUAAGUUGUGGAACAAUCUAUAUGGUAAUAAAUCUGAAUUGAAUGGAGGGGCCCAGCAGCCUCUGCUUUGUUUCACAUGCUGUGAACAUGAUGUGCUUAACUUCCUUUUGCCUUCCCAAAUUAAUGACAGGGAGGCAGAGCUCCUGAAAUGCUUCCCCUGCACUUGUAGUCUCACACCUCUGCACAGCUACAGUAGUGACAACAAAGAAAAGCAGCUUCAACAGCUGCAAAAAUACCAAAGCUUCAAAACCAGGCUUGAGCUGACCUUGUUCCCCCUCAUCCUCUGUCUCUACAAAUUCUAUUUGUUCUCCUGUGUUACUUGUACCUUGAAAUCCACAGUGAUGGAUGACUCAAACCUCAGCCAGCCUCACUCCUGGAGCAGGGUUUGCAAUGGAAAUGUUUAUUCACACAGAUUCUGCUGGAGGUGCAGCAGCAGAGCUCAGCACUGUGACAGCUCUCCAUGGUAAAACCUGUACACACUGGUAUUUUCACUUGUGUGUUCCUGCAGCCACCUUGGCUUGGGUUUGUUUUGCUUUAUCCAUGAUCCAAAAUUAGUAUUCUUCCCAUGUUUUCUGUGUAUGGCACUUACUGAGGGUCAAGUGCUGGAUUAUUUGGGAGGUGUGAAUCACAGGGGCCUGGCAGAGUCUCAAAGGACACGUUCCUUCUCCACUGUGCCCUUGGUGCUGUGCCAUGGAAGAGCCAAUCCCAAAUCCAACUCUUGCCAUUUGAAAGGCUCUUUACCUUUGUUCCUCUCCAGGGGAGUUUCUCAGCAUUACUAAGAAUUACUUGAUUUUCUUUUGUUUCCUGGUUAUGUCCUGUUGGGAUGUGUGAGAUCCAGCCAAGUUGGACCUCUCUUCCCAAGUUCAUUUACAGAACUGGUGCUGAAAUGUUCUUCCUCAGCCUUUAGCAAAGACCUCAUUAACUGCUUUGUGCUGGAUGUUUUAGAGCUCUGCUCAACUCAUUAGCCACUGGAAUCCAAAGCCUGGAGAGCAGCAGAGCACUAAAUCCAUUCCAAAACCCAAUGGAAAACUGUCAGCAGUUGUGCUUGGGUUAUUUUUUUACUAUUUAUCUGUAAUGAUACACUGAAUUACCAGGGUUUGCGUGCCACAGGGUGACUUUUCCAGCCAUGUCCUGAGCAAAGAGUUGAAUAAUGGGACAGUUCUGUGAAAUGGUACAACAGAACUCAAUUUCCAGUUAUCCUAAAAUGUUGGUUGUGGGUUCUUUUGGAGCUUGAAGCUUAGGUGAAAGCUGAGGUUUGUGAGUGGGUGAACAGCUCAAGUGUCUCUGUGCCAGUAUUGUCUCUGUGCAAUCUGUUCCAGAGCAGCACUGGCACAGACUUGUGUCACACAAUUGCUGCCUUGCUAUUCCUGGGCUAAGGAACCUCAGUGUUGGGGAGAACAGGAGAAAAUCAGAGGAAAAUACUGGGUCUGAGUAAGACUUUACAUUUACUGGGGCAGCAAGACUUGGAUCUCAGAGCCAGGAAUGCUGGUUCUACCUCUUGGAGCUGUGGGAUGAAGUUCUCCUCUUUCACUGUGGAGCAGUUUCUUGUUGGUGUCUCAGCUGGAUCCAGGCAGAAUUCUCAGGGAGUCACUAAUCCAGACUCUGAUGUUCUCUCAGCAAAGGAGAGGUGCAGGUUGCAAAUAGCACAUGGCCAUUCCCUCCUGUGCCAGGAGCUCUGUUCCCAACAGCCUGGGACCAGCCUGUGCUCAACAGAUCUCACAGCAGCUGAGGAACACAGAUGAUGGCAGGAAUUAUCCCAUUAAAAUAUAAGGGGAGGCAAUGGAAAAAAUACCCUGGAAACCUCCCCUGUGAAUUUCUCAGGAAAGCUGCCCCUCGGUGCAGACUGGGUAAAACUGGGUUCAAAUCUCACCUGUGUCUUCCAUUAAAAACACAGAUUUUUUUGAGCAGUAUGGUUUGAGGGAGUGGUAAAGCUUUCCUUGUAGCAGAACUGGGUUUUCUCUUCUAGAAAAGUCUUGGCAGAUGGAGUACUUGUUAUAACAUGGGCUCUUUUUGAAUGCAUUUAUGUGUGGAGCUUAUUAUUUUAGUAAAGCUUUCCCCCAUUCAGCACUGAGGCUUGUCUGUCUCUGCAGAAGAGGCUUUGCCAACUGAAACCCACUCCCCAACUGGGAAAUCUAAAUUCUGAACAGCUUUAAGGCCCCCACAUCCACCUUGCUCAGUCACAACUAAGUAAACAAGUACAGGAGCACAGCAUGUACCCACUAAUACUGCCUGUACCAUAAAUCAGCAUCCAGUUGUCUCAGGGACCUCAACACCACAUUUUUUUGGGUUGAACACAUGUUGCUGGAUAGACAGAUCAUUACUCUUGGCUGGAAAAAGGUCUUGCCACCCAGGCAUUGAUGUUUGAACGACUUUUGUUUCCUGUGUAGAAGCCAAGAUGUAAAGUACCUUGUGAAUUCUGCUUUACCCUGUUCAUCACAGACCUUUCCCUAAAAAGGGGAAGAAAAGUCCUAAAGCAGAUGGUUUCUGCUUCCCUCAAAAUUAAGCUCAUGAUUCUUUUCAGUUAAGGGGGGGAAAAGAGGGGAUUAGAAUUAUGGCUGAUGCCAGAAACAGGUUUUGGAACAUAAGGUGUGAUUUCCAAAAUCCCUAAAUGCCUCAGUGCAGUCCUGCUGAACAGUCCCUUGCUUAAUUCCAGCUGAAAGGGCAGUCCAGCCUCAUUACCAUUAGCACAAAAAUGCUCUCCAGAAUGAUCCCAGGAAUUUACUGCAUGCAAAUGCCACCAUCACCAUGCCCAGGGGAGGAAAGGGGACAGGACAGGAAUUGCAGCUCUAUUUAUUAUCCAACUGGAAUUACAUAUUUAAAAAUGCUCCCCUAGACAUGAAGCUCCCAGAAAGUAAGAAGGUGCUACUGCUUCAUUUUAUAGAAGAAUUCAUUCACUGUUGUAUAAGCUUUUCAUAAAAUAUGUAUUUAAAAUAAAUCCUUUCACAGUACCUCCAAGAGCAGUAAGUGCUCCCUGUGUGACACUUAUCCUAUCAAAGCAUCAUAGGACAAAAAUCUGCCUUGAAUUAAAGUUUUGGGGCUGAAGAGAAGAAUUUGCAGCCCCUGCCCACCCCUGCUCUCCAAUCCUCACCUCUUCUUCCCAGUCACUCUGUUAGGCUGCAGGAACUUUCAGUGUAACAAGUUAAAUGUGAAUAAAAAUCUCUGCACUGUACCU